AUGUUAAGACUUAAUAGAAUACUGAUAAGAUUUGUAUCUGCAUCUACAACUGCAUCUGCUACUGCUGGUGAAGUUCGUACUGUCAAGACUCCGGUAGGAAUCAAGGCGGCCAUUGAAUCAUUAAAACCAAAGGCAACUAGAGUUUCCAUGGAUGGUCCAGUUGAAUGUCCAUUAACUGACUUUGCUUUGUUAAAUUCCCCCCAAUUCAACAAGGGUUCUGCAUUCUCAAUGGAAGAAAGAAAGAGUUUCAAGUUAAACGGUCUUCUUCCUUCCCAAGUCAAUACUUUGGAUGAACAAGUUGAAAGAGCUUACAGACAAUUUUCAUAUUUGAAAACCCCAUUAGCUAAAAAUGAUUUUUGUACAUCUAUGAGAUUGCAAAACAAGGUGCUUUAUUACGAAUUGGUACGAAGAAAUAUCCGUGAAAUGUUGCCAAUUAUAUAUACCCCUACCGAAGGUGAUGCAAUUGCAAGUUAUUCUGACAGAUUCAGAAAGCCAGAAGGUUGUUUCUUGGAUAUUAAUGAUCUGGACAACAUUGAUGAAAGAUUGUCUGCCUAUGGUGAAGAUAAAGAUAUUGACUACAUUGUCAUGAGUGAUGGUGAAGGUAUUCUUGGUAUUGGUGAUCAAGGUGUUGGUGGUAUCAGAAUUGCUAUCGCCAAAUUGGGAUUGAUGACCUUGUGUGGUGGUAUUCAUCCUGCAAGAGUUUUACCAAUUACUUUGGAUGUUGGUACCAAUAAUGGUAGAUUAUUAAAUGACGACUUAUACAUGGGAAACAAAUUCCCAAGAGUCAGAGGAGAAAAAUAUUGGGAAUUCGUUGAUAAGGUUAUUCAUGCCAUCAAGAAAAGAUUCCCAAGUGCUGUUUUGCAUUAUGAAGAUUUUGGUGUUUCAACGGGUAGAGACAUGUUGCACAAAUACCGUACUGCUCUUCCAUCAUUUAAUGAUGACAUUCAAGGAACUGGUGCUGUUGUCAUGGCAUCCAUAACUGCUGCUCUCAAAUUCUCCAACCGUAAUUUGAGAGAUAUUGAAGUUUUGAUCUAUGGUGCAGGUUCUGCAGGUUUAGGUAUUGCUGAUCAAAUCACCAAUCAUUUAGUUAGUCAUGGUGCAAGUGUUGAAGAAGCAAGAUCUAGAAUUCAUUGUAUGGACCGUUAUGGUUUGAUCACUGAUGAAUCCACCAAUGCUAGUCCUUCACAAAUGAACUAUGCCGAUAAAGCUUCCGAUUGGGAAGGUGUCGACACUGCAAGUUUGAUUCAAUGUGUUGACAAGAUUAAACCAACUGUCUUGGUUGGUUGUUCUACCCAAGCCGGUGCUUUUACCGAAGAAAUUGUCAAGACCAUGUAUAAAUACAACAAACAACCAAUUAUCUUCCCAUUGUCCAAUCCAACUAGAUUACACGAAGCAGUUCCUUCCGAUUUGAUGAAAUGGACAGAUAACAAUGCUUUGAUUGCCACUGGAUCUCCAUUUGAACCUGUUGAUGGCUACUAUAUUUCAGAAAACAACAACUGUUUCACUUUCCCAGGUAUUGGUUUGGGUGCUGUUUUGUCCAGAUGUACUACUAUUUCUGAUACCAUGAUCUCCGCUGCUGUUGAUAGAUUGGCUUCCAUGUCUCCGAAAAUGGAAAACCCAAAGAAUGGUUUGUUGCCAAGACUAGAAGAAAUUGAUGAAGUCAGUGCUCAUGUUGCCACUGCUGUUAUUUUACAAUCCUUACAAGAAGGUACUGCUAGAGUUGAAAGUGAAAAGAAACCAGACGGUGGAUAUGUUGAAGUUCCAAGAGACUAUGAUGACUGUCUUAAAUGGGUACAAUCACAAAUGUGGAAACCAGUCUACAGACCAUACGUCAAGGUGGAAUAUGUUUCUGAUAUUCACACUUAUCAAUAUUAG